AUGAAGAGCCUUACAGAACGAUCCGCUGGGUCACUUUAUUGGUGGGUGCUUGCCACGCUGUUUCUCCCGUUAGCAAUCCCGGGGCUGGUGCUCAAGUUACUGACGAUGGUGAAGGAACAACGGAACGCGCGUAAUUUAAACGGAAAGGUCGUUCUGAUAACUGGAGCAAGUUCGGGGCUGGGAGAAGCUUUGGCCCAUAGUUUCUUUCUUGCCGGUUGCAAAAUCGUGCUAGCAGCACGCCGCAAGGACGAGUUGGAACGCGUACGGAAGGAUCUACUCGAGCUUCAUACGACCGUUCCGACACAUCCACCAAUCAUACUUCCGUUGGACCUUUCCGAUCUGAACAGUAUUACCGACAAGGUACAGAGCGUACUGGAAAUUCACGGUGCGAUCGAUAUUCUGGUCAACAAUGGUGGCAUCAGCGUACGUGGCGAUGCGCUGUCGACUGCCAUCGACGUCGACAUACGGAUAAUGCUGGUCAAUUACUUCGGCACCGUCGCCAUGACGAAGGCAUGUCUGCCGUCGAUGAUUGCCCGAAAGGAGGGCCGUAUCGUGAACAUUUCCAGUGUGCAAGGAAAGUUUGCCAUACCGUACCGUUCGGCGUACAGCGCAUCCAAGCAUGCCCUGCAAGCCUUUUGCGACAGUUUGCGAGCGGAAGUGGCAAAAGAUAACAUUAAAGUUACACUGAUUUCACCCGGUUACAUUAAUACUGCAAUAUCGAUGAAUGCACUUACCGGUUCCGGUGCUACCUAUGGUAAAAUGGACGCUGCUACGGCCGGUGGUGCAUCGGCGGAGGACGCCGCGUCCGGCAUCCUGAAAGCGAUCGCACGGGAUGAGAAGGACAUCAUCAUGGCACCGAUCGCACCGCGAGCCGCUUACUGGUUGCGCCAUGCAAUACCGUCCCUUUACUUCUGGAUAAUGAAGAAGCGUGCGGAAAAACUAAACUCCUAA